AUGUGUGACUAUGAACAUGAGUACUCCUUCACUUUUGAAGACAGCGCCCUUGAUAAUGAACUUGACCACUGGGAUUGCGGCUUUGAAAGCAUGUGGCAACAGAUUGGCGAAGAGCUGCGACGUGAACAGGAGAAUAAUGAUUUUUUUCAAAGCUUUGAACAGAAGCUAACACUACAAACACACUCUGUAGAUUCAUGGAGGUUGUAA